AUGUCUAACACGGAAGAAGCUAUAGAUGUUGCAGAGGUCGGAGAAAAUUCCAACGAGUCGUCAAGUGACACAACUUCUUCCAGAGGUAAAGAGGGCGACUUUGAAAGUAAAAUUGAAACCGAUCGUUCCAAAAGAUUUGAGUUUUUAUUAAAACAAACUGAAAUUUUUUCACACUUUAUGACUAAUACUUCAAAGUCUGGAAGUAGUCCUCCAAAAGCUAAAGCUGGGCGACCUAAAAAGAUCAAAGAACCUGAACUAUCUGGAUCUGCUGGAGAGUAA